CAGAGCCUGCUAGCCUGGGUAUGGAGUCAGUUAAGUUAGAACUAGCCAGCGCCAGGCUGGAUGAUCCCUGUACACAUAGCAAUUUUCGUAGAAUAAUACACAACUCACAAAAUGUUUUUUCUACUGUGUCUAUGACUACGUCAGAGUUAGACAUGCGUUCUACUGAGGUGGCAAAUUAUGAUGCGUUCAGUUUAUCGCAGCGCCAAGUAGACAAUCUGAAAAUUCCCGUCAUAUCAAUUCCUAGAUAUGGUCGUAAUUAUUUUAAGUACACUGCGCAUAAUAAACGCAACAUUAUUAAUAUUGCUACUACGGAUAAUUUUAUCAACAAUUCCUUAAAACAGCCCACUACCUAUAAUAUGGGCUUUCUAAACAUCAGAUCUUUGUCUCCCAAAACGUUAUUAGUCAAUGAGGUCAUUAGAGACAACAACCUUAACGUCAUCGGUCUUAGCGAAACCUGGCUUAAACCAGACGACUUUUUUGCGAUAAAUGAGGCAUCCCCUCCUAACUAUACGAAUGCGCAUAUUGCCCGUCACCUCAAAAGGGGAGGGGGUGUCGCACUAAUAUACAACGAAAACUUUAACUUUAGUCCUAACUUAAAUAAUAAAUAUAAAUCGUUUGAGGUGCUUUCUAUGAAGUCUGCCACACCUCUGCCUCUGUGCCUGGCCGUUAUCUACCGCCCCCCGGGGCCCUAUUCGGACUUUAUUAGUGAAUUCUCAGAGUUUGUUGCUGAUCUAGUGACACACGCCGAUAAUAUAAUUAUAAUGGGGGACUUUAAUAUCCAUAUGAAUACCCCAUUGGACCCACCGUGCGUGGCGCUCCAGACUAUAAUUGAUAGCUGUGGUCUUACACAAAUAAUAAAUGAACCGACGCAUCGCAGCGGUAAUACGAUAGACCUAGUGCUUGUCAGAGGUAUCACCGUUUCCAAAGUUAUGAUACUCCCGUAUACUAAAGUAAUGUCCGAUCAUUACCUUAUAAAAUUCGAAGUUCAGACUCAUGUUCGGCAAGCUAAUAAUAUUAAUAACUGCUAUAGCAGCCGCAACAUUAAUGCUGCCACAACGACGACUCUUGCGGACCUACUGCCCUCGGUAAUGGCACCGUUCCCAAAGUAUGUGGGCUCUAUUGAUAACCUCACUAACAACUUUAACAACGCCCUGCGCGAAACCAUUGAUAGUAUAGCACCGCUGAAGUUAAAAAAGGCUCCAAAAAGGCGUACGCCAUGGUUUACUGAAGAAACUAGAGCUCAGAAAUUAUUAUGUAGAAAGCUGGAACGCAAAUGGCGCACGACUAAACUUGAGGUGCACCAUCAAGCAUGGAGUGAUAGUUUAAUAACUUAUAAACGCAUGCUUACCUUAGCUAAAACUAAUUAUUACUCAAAUCUCAUCCGCAUUAAUAAAAACGAUCCAAAAUUUUUGUUUAGUACAGUAGCAUCGCUAACCCGACAAGGGACUCCUUCCAGUAGCUCCACCCAUUCGGCAGAUGACUUUAUGAAGUUUUUUAAUAAGAAAAUUGAACUUAUUAGAAAGGAGAUUAAAGACAAUGCGUCCCAGCUA